CAUGGGGCACCCCCCGCUCGAGUUCAGCGACUGCUACCUGGACAGCCCGGACUUCCGCGAGAGGCUGAAAUGCUACGAGCAAGAGCUGGAGAGGACCAACAAAUUCAUCAAGGAUGUGAUCAAGGAUGGCAACGCCCUCAUCAGCGCCCUCAAGAAUUAUUCCUUGGCGGUACAGAAAUUCUCCCAGACCCUCCAGUCCUUUCAAUUUGACUUUAUUGGGGACACUCUGACAGAUGAUGAGAUUAAUAUUGCUGAAUCCUUUAAGGAGUUUGCCGAGCUGCUCCAGGAGGUGGAACUUGAAAGAUCAAUGAUGGUGCAAAAUGCUAGUGAUUUGUUGAUCAAGCCACUGGAAAAAUUCCGUAAGGAGCAAAUUGGAUUCACCAAAGAACGGAAGAAGAAAUUUGAGAAGGAUGGUGAGAAGUUUUACUCCAUGUUGGACCGCCAUUUGAAUUUGUCUUCAAAGAAGAAGGAAUCUCAGUUGCAAGAGGCUGACUGGCAGGUGGAUAAAGAGCGGCACAUUUUCUUUGAAUCUUCCCUGGAAUAUGUGUACCAGAUCCAAGAAGUACAGGAGAGCAAGAAAUUCAGUAUUGUGGAGCCUGUGCUGGCUUUCCUUCACAGCCUUUUCACCUGCAACAACUUGACGGUGGAAUUGACACAGGAUUUCCUUCCAUAUAAACAACAGCUUCAACUCAGCCUGCAGAACACCAGGAAUCACUUCACCAGUACACGUGAAGAGUUGGAAGACCUCAAGAAAAGGAUGAAAGAAGCUCCCCUGACUUGCAAGCUGCCUGGGAAGCCGACCAUAGAGGGUUACCUAUAUUCACAAGAGAAAUGGGCACUGGGCAUCUCGUGGGUCAAGUAUUACUGCCAGUACGAGAAGGAGGCUAAGAUGUUAUGGAUGACGCCCAUGGAGCAGAAGCCGGGGGCAAAGCAAGGUACCUUACAUUUCAUGUUGAAGUCCUGUGUGAGGAGGAAGACAGACUCUAUAGACAAAAGGUUUUGUUUUGACGUCGAGACAGUGGAAAGACCUGGGCCCAUCACCUUGCAGGCUCCGUCGGAAGCAAAUCGACGGCUCUGGAUGGAGGCCAUGGAUGGGAAAGAGCCGAUCUACCACAGUCCCAUCACAAAGCAGGAAGAAAUGGAGCUGAACGAGAUUGGCUUCAGAUUUGUCAGGAAAUGCAUCAAUGCGGUAGAAACGAAAGGAGUCACAACUGAAGGUGUGUAUCGAACUGUUGGCAGCAACAUCCAGGUUCAGAAGCUAUUGAACGCCUUCUUUGACCCCAAGUGCCCAGGUGAUGUCGAUUUCCAAAACAGUGACUGGGACAUCAAAACAAUUACUAGCUCCUUGAAGUUCUACCUCAGGAACCUCUCUGAACCCGUCAUGACGUAUAAACUUCACAAAGAAUUGGUCUUGGCUGCCAAGUCUGAGAACCUGGAUUAUAGGUUGGGUGCCAUUCAUUCUCUGAUCUAUAAACUCCCUGACAAGAACCGAGAAAUGUUGGAACUCCUCAUCAGACACCUGGUCCAUGUGUGUGAACACAGCCAGCAGAACCUGAUGUCUCCAUCUAACAUGGGGGUGAUCUUUGGCCCCACCCUCAUGCGAGCUCAGGAGGACACGGUAGCAGCCAUGAUGAACAUUAAGUUCCAGAACAUUGUGGUGGAAAUCCUCAUCGAGCACUUUGACAAGAUAUAUUCCGGGGCCCCUGAGGACAGCGCUGCACCACCAAUGCCCCCUCCGCGGGUGGCCGCUCGGAGGCACAAGCCCAUCACCAUCUCCAAGCGCCCGCUCAGGGAGAGGCCGGUCUUCUUUGGAGGCUCCGUGGAAGAAAGCGAAGCAGAGGACGGCCCCGGCCCCACUCCUAAUGGCACAGUCAUCCCCGUCUACACGGAAGCCCCCAAGCCGCUCCAGCGCAGCAGGCUGCCCCUGCAGAAGGUAGGAGAACUUGAUCCCGGGAAGUCUGGCUCAGAAAACAAGCCGGAACAGCGUGCGGAUGUGGAUGUGGCGAGGCGGGUCUCCAGGCUCCAGGAUGGUGGAAUGAAACACUCCAGCAACGCUGCCAAUGGCGUCGUGCCCGUUACGAGCUCUCUCAAGGCCUCCACUCUACAGUCCAAGAGACCUGCGCUGAGACCGGGAAUUUCUUGCAAGGAGGGUGAAUAUGAAGGCUUCACUAAAGCGCGGUCACCUGGAGAGAAGCCAGUGAUAACACGUCCCCCAGUGAGACCUCCGGAUCCUCCGUGCAAGGCUCCCACACCCCAGAAGCCAGAGCCCAAGCCAGAGCUGAUCAUGGGAGGAGGAACGGGAGAUGCUGCUGCCUCUGUAGUGGCCACCAGAACCAAGUUCUUUGAGACAGCUUCCUUCAGGAGAGGAAGCUCUUCGUCACCCCAAGGCAGACAUCCAAGUGAUGAGGGCUGAAGUGCGAAAGACUUCGAUGUGGCUGAUCCUGGCUGGUUCCAGGUCGAUCUGCUACAGCUCCCCACAUGGAUUCUCCUGCUCCCUGGUAUAUGUGAUGUGCUGAGCAGAUCAGUUAUUCUACAGGAUAUUGUCUUUUGAGCAAACCAUUGUGAAUAGCUUGCAUUGCCACAAGAGAAGGGAAUAUUCCUGGGGGAAGAAUAUUUCCAUCUUGUCACUGUCAAAAAUCAUCAUCAGCCACCGCCUUUCGCUCCUUCUCUCUCCUCCUCUCUACAGCAAGGCUUCUACCAUUGCCUGUGUCCAAAGGGCGCAACUGUUUUCCCUUGGAAUGUUUGGUAGAGGCUGACUUCAAAGGGCUCAGCUGGCCAGGAAGGUAUCAGGUGAUGGCUCUUGGAGGUGUUGCACAGCAAUUAAUUAAAAUCGAGCUGUUUCACAUUCCUUUAUUUGGCGAAGAGGUGUUGCCCAGAGAUUUCCUGGGAUUUAAGUACUGAGUCAACUUCAGCCUGUCCCACUCCAUUCGCAAAGCUCUGCCUUUGGAGGUUUCUUGCUAUUGAUGUACUGGCUGUGUUAAGAUGAAUUGUUUUAAGUUGUGUGUAUGUCCCUCCACUUUUUUAAAAAAAGAACUUAAGGGGGGAGUUGUGUGUGUUUGUGUUCAGUCUGCAGCAAGACUGCUGUCGAUAAAAUGCUCCUGCCCAGAUGGAUGGAUUGGUCUCCAAGCUCUCUGUCCAGCCCAGAUGGAUGGAUUGGUCUCCAAGCUCUCUGUCCAUCCUCCCUGCUUCACCUGGUACACCCAGGUGGGAGGGGGUAAUGUUGAUUCGUUUUCAAUUCUUCAUAAGAAUAUGGAGCCUUUUAAAGCUGGGAUUCUCCCUCAUACCAAGAACGGUGCUAGAAGACAUAGAAGAUGCCCCUCUUUCCAUUGGCAUUUUCUCUAACGUCCAAAGCAGCUGUCAGUAACUGAGACAAGAGGAGCUGCAAAUUGCUUUGCCUCGGUGCCCGGCGUUAGGCCUCAUUCCACCCUUCCUUAGGCUGCUUUCUGCACAGGAGAGCUACGUUCAGCUGGCUCUGGAAUGAGACGAGACUGUCUGUCAUUUAGUGCUGCUUUUCUUCUGUUUGGAUGCCAAGACCCUUUUACUGUACGUGUGUGUACAUGCGUGACCCAAUUCACAGAUAGUAACCCAACCGCUGAUGUGCCUCCCUACCAAAGGUGGACAUGGCAGUGGAGCUUUUAAAUGUCUCAUCAUAGCUGCUCACUUUCCUAGUGCCAUUAUGGGUCCUUGUGUAGCUUAGGGCAGCACCUUCUCUAGGAAUCGUAUCCCUAGGUGUCCCGCCCAUGUUCUGCUUCCCAGGCCACAGCACUCCCUUGCAUUCCACUGCAUUGAAGAACCAGGUUGACAUCGCAACACAUACUGUUCCUGGGGACCAAUGACAAAACAUCAAAGUAGUUCAUUCUCGCAGUACUUUGCGAGUUAACAUGUUGCCUGCCUUUGUGCACAAUCUUACUUUCUUUUUAGGGAUAACGUUGGGUUUUGCAGCAUGCUACGCUGGGAGACAUAAAGCAUUUUCUCCUUGCAAUGUUGUCUUCAUGUGUGCACAUGCUUUGCUGUGGCAGAGAAAAUAAAAUGUGCACUGCAUGGCUGUAUUGAUGAUGUCUCUCUAUGCUAUGAAUCUGACUACUCACUUGGACUCUCAAACAUUGGUGUUCAAAUAAGAGGGUGUCAUCCGUUCCAUGAGGUCCGGCUUUUUAACAGCAGGCAUAAGUCAGAAAAAAUGAUGACAGAUAGAAUUAGAAAAUAACUCACCUCCAAUUCAGCGUUAAAAGGGUUGAGUGUUGUCAAUGAAAUCUAAAGGCUUAGAUCAGCAUUGCCAAACUUGGAGGCCUCCAGAUGUGUUGAACUACAUCCCCAGGCUGGCUGGGGAUCCUGGAAGCUUAGUCCAACACACCUGGAGGCCUCUAGGUUGAGGGAUGCUGCCUUAGAUCAAAGCUCUCUUAUUAGGUUGGGUUGGGUGUAUCCUUGAGGUUGAAAUGGCCAAACAAGGAAGUAAAGGAAUCCAGCUAAUUUCAUAGUAGUCAUUCCAUUAUUCCAAGUAAUCAGUUAACGGAUUAUGCAAAUACUGGCAGUCAAUGCAUGGAAAAUGAGCAGGGGGCCAACCAUUAAAAUUCUGAUCGACACCAUAUAACAGCAGUUGAUAUGUGAAAGGCCAUUCUUCAUUGCAGCCGUUGACGUCUAACUCUUGUGUCAUUUUCUCCACAAAGAUACAUGAUGGCUUUAAUAUGAUACACUCAUCAGAUUGGUACACGUUCUCUCAGGCCUGCUUUUCAUCAUAAGCUAAAGAUGUCCAACAAUUCAGCUCUCUAUUUUGUGAAUUUCAAGGCACUUCAGAUAUUUUCCAUCUGAUGUAUUUUGUUUGGUAAAAUGAUUACUUUAGUUGUAAUAAUGUUUAUAAAGUUUCCAUGGGUUAAGAAAAAAACA